AUGCGAAACACCCACGUCCCAACCAGCGUUCCCUCAGCUCCGAACCACAGCUUCGUCAGCACUCGAUACACCAAUGUCAACGCCCCGCGCAGCCCGCCAGUCGUACACACCAGCAAGUCCAACGCGGCGUGGCUGACCUAUCCAAAUACGCCGGCACGCAUCAUCCCGCAGCAACACGCGACCGCCUGCAGUGGCUUUUAUCUAGGUCUUUCUGACAAUGGUCGAGAUCGCGUGGGUAGUGGUCUUGGACCUACUGGUGGCUGGUGCUUUGGUAAAGGUGUUCAAGGUCAGCUUGGUGGUAUGAGUGCGGGAGUCAGGGCGGAAGAGUGGAAGAAUGAGUUGUUCAACGAGGCACUAUCUUCGGCUGGAAGUUUGGAUGCGGAGAAGGCGGUGGAAUUGAGGCAAAAAUGGGAGAGAGAAUCUGGGUCAUUGGAGCAGGGCCAUUGA